AUGCGGGCCCUCGUGGAAGAAGAGAAACUUGAUUCAUUCAACAUUCCUCAGUACACAUCGUCCCCAUCAGAAGUAAAAUCUGAGGUCGAAAUGGAAGGAUAUUUUGGAAUCGACCGCCUUGAGGUUUUUGAAAUCAACUGGAAUGCCUACAACGAUAAAUCAUCGGACUUCUAUAAGGACGGUGCAUACAAUGUUGCAAAGUGCAUGAGAGCUGUGGCUGAACCCUUGCUUCUCAGUCACUUUAGUGCAGCGAUAAUUGAUGAGGUGUUCAGCAGGUACAGGAAGAUUGUGGCUAAUAUAAUGUCCAAAGAGAGAACUGAGUUCAUCAAUGUCACUGUUGCAAUGACUAAAAAGGGGUGGUGA